AUGCGAAUGACAGUUACAACAGGAAAAAACUGGCAAAAGUUAAUUACUAUCAAGUACAUGGGCAAUCAAAGCGACCUGCUCCGCCAGAUACCCUGCGGACAAUAUGUUUUCAACUAUGAGCCUGAUGUGUUGCAGGUGUUCGGCCGGGUUCCCACGUCCGACGAGGGCUUUCUUUUUGCCCGCAUCGACUACGUACUGAGUGAUCGUGCCUUGGCCAAGAGUGCGACCGCAUAA